AUGGCCCUUCGUGACCUACCAUGGGUGACGAUACUCUUCUCUGGCAUCAUUGCGGCGCUCGCAUAUGGCGUGAUGAGAUUGAUCCAAGUUAGACGAUUUUACAAAGAUGUCCCCAAACCGCCUCAUAGCUUCUUCUUCGGCCAUUUGAAACUGCUCGGCGAGACCUUCAAAUCGCUACCCAGUGAUGUACAUUAUCAGGCAGCGGUGGUUACGAUCGCCAGGAAGUACAACAUGCCAGGUGUCUUCUACCUCGAUUUGUGGCCUGCCUCAUUUCAGCAAGUUGUGGUGACAGAUCCGGAUGUUGCACUUGACAUGACAGUCAUCCGGAAUCACCCCAAACAUGAAAUGGAGGCAACGAUGGUCGACCCCUUGAUUGGAAGCGGCAACAUCGUCACAACGAACGGCCCACAAUGGAAGUAUCUCCAUAAGAUGUUGAGUCCUGCUUUCGCCACUUCGCACAUCACCAACAUGAGGCCGAUGGUUGCUGACGAGGUUAUGAAAUUUCGGUCGAAACUUUCCGAGAAAGCUGAAUCGGGGGAGGUUUUCAGGUUGGAGGACCAUACUCUGUGCAUGACGUUUGAUGUCAUAUCGACUAUGACCUUUGGCCGAUCCCUUGACGCGCAGACCAAAGGCAGCCCUGCUCUGCAGCACUUUGAAAACAUGUGCCGUGCUUUUAUGACCACGCGAGAAUCUCUGAACUACAUCCGCAACUUUUUCGUCAACCGGACGGUUUUCGCCGAACGCGCAAAGUUCGAUGCUAUUGUGGAAGGACUCAUCAACGAGAGAUUCGAGAUAGUCAAACGCGACAAGCUCGAUCUCUCGGAGAAGCGAGGACUAGGGAUCAUGGACCUCAUCUUGCGAGACUAUAUUGCAGAGCGACAGGGUGACGUAAAGGAGCUCGACCCCCAAUUCACCAAAGAUGCUCUCACACAAGUAAAGACUCUUUUGAUCGCUGGACUUGGAACUACGUCGGAUACCAUCUGUUUCGGAGCUAUGCUGCUUAGCGUUCACCCUGAAGUGGUACAAAGGAUGCGCGAAGAGCACGACCGUGUUUUCACCCCCGGUAUCGAAGCGACGUACGAGAUGCUUAAAAGGGAGCCGUAUAAGUUGAAUGAGCUCACCUACACAAACAACGUCAUCAAGGAAGUCCUGAGGUUCUAUCCGAUAGGAAAUACCGCACGCAAGGGCAUCGAUACUCUCACGUAUCAGGGUCGCGAAUGGCCGACCAAAGAUCGCAUGAUCUGCCCCGUCCAACUGGCUAUGCAUAUGGAUCCAGCGAUAUUCCCAGAUCCGCUCAAGUUCGACCCAGAUCGGUUUACACGAGAAGACCAUCCGCGGCACGCCUGGCGUCCGUUCGAGAGAGGACCGCGUGCGUGUCUGGGCCAACCGCUGGCUAUGGACGAGUUCGUGAUCGUAUUCCUGCUGACAAUACGCGAUUUCGACUUUACUUGCGCGGAUCUGAAACCCAACAAGACGCCUCGAGCAGAGUGGAAUGAUCUGGAUCUGACAUUCGGUGAUCGCGCCUACCAGGAAUUUGUUUUCGAGGCCAAACCACGAGAUGGCAUGCCGAUGACCGUUAAGAAGGCCAACUGGCCACAGUAA